CUCUUGCUCAAGCUUUCCCACAGACCACAAACCCUUAUUCGCCCAUAAAUAUACCGCUUAUUGACUAAAGGUGAUUCAACUAGUCCCUCGUACGAGACCCCGCACGGGAUGUACCGAGUACGCGUCGGCAGAUGCUACAUUCAGGGUCUGUGAACAUGUCCUCCACAUCGGGAGGCCAUAGAUGAGCCUUUCGAUACACAUCUCACUCUCUGGUUGAUUCGACUAUCAUCCCUUGAAUCUAUUUUGAAGUCUCGUUUUGUAUCUUCAUCAACUUACUACGAUACUGGCAUCUUCGCCCUCAACUACCUUGUUGCUCCUACAGUCUAUAUUUCAUCAUGGCGUCAAAGCCCGAAAUCACGAACGAUCUCCCAAAAGUCCAUCGCUUCAUCACAACCCACGACCCUACAACCAAGAAAGCCAUCUUCUCUGAUGCCGUCCCAGAAGAAGCUAAAGUCGACCAUAUUCCUGGUGCUGACUUCCGGCUCGGAUAUGUUACCAAGGGAUUUCCGGUCGAUCUGAACAAAGACGCCGACCUUGCAGUUUACAAGCCUUACCUCGAAUCGCCUCCAGGCCUGGUCUCUUCAGGGGGAACAGUUCUACGAUUCGUCGAUGUGGCGCCUGGUCACCUGUCGCCAAUGCAUCGCACAGUCUCUCUAGAUUACGGUGUCGUGUUGGAAGGUGAAAUGGAGUUGGUGCUAGAUUCUGGAGAGACAAGAUUGAUGAAGAGAGGAGAUGUCGCAAUUCAGAGGGGCACAAUGCACGCUUGGAGGAACACCAGCUCUACAUCUUGGGGUCGCAUGAUGUAUGUUCUUCAAGAAUGCAAACCGGUAGAGGUCGAGGGUGAAGUCUUGAAAGAGGACUACGGAAGCAUGAAGGGUGUUCCAGCAUCAUCAUAGUGGCAUUGUCUUCUCUAGGAUCACAUGAGCUGUAGAGAUCGUUGUAAAUAAAUGUCGAUGCG